CCGGUGCGUGGGGCGACGAGGCACGCGCGUGGAGUCGCCGCCCCUCCCGGCUUCCCCCUCGGUGGAGCCUGGCGCGGGGAUGCCAGGCCGCCUGGUCCCUUCCUCGAACGCCGUGGGGAGCAAAAGAGGAAGGGACCGAGGUGGGCCUGGCCGGGCGGCCCUCCGAGCCCCUGAGGUCGACCCGGGGAUUCGGGACUCGUACUGAAUCGCGGCGUGGGGGCGAGGAGGGCGGGGAUGGGUAGCGUGGCGCCUUUCUCCGCCUUCGAGCCGGCCCCGGCGCGGGGCUGAAGGGAGGGGUUGUCUCAAAAGUCACUCCUUCCCCCUGCAGGGGCGCCCGGCGAGUAACCGCGCGAGCGGAGAGUGUCAGAGGCAGAAGCAGCAGCAACAAAGUUCCCGGGGCUUCUCCGAGGCUGCUGUCCGGGUUGCCUGUUUGGCCGCCCCUUCCCUGCCUGGCGAAGGCAAUGGCUUCCAAACUCCUGCGCGCGGUCAUCCUUGGGCCGCCCGGCUCGGGCAAGGGCACCGUGUGCCAGAGGAUCGCUCAGAGCUUUGGCCUCCAGCAUCUCUCCAGCGGCCACUUCUUGCGGGAGAACAUCAAAGCCAACACCGAAGUCGGUGAUAUGGCAAAGCAGUACAUAGAGAAAGGUCUUUUGGUUCCGGAUCAUGUGAUCACACGCCUCAUGAUGUCGGAGCUGGAGAACAGGCGCGGCGAGCCCUGGCUGCUAGAUGGUUUUCCUAGGACAUUAGUUCAGGCUGAAGCCCUGGACAAAAUCUGUGAGCUGGAUCUAGUGAUCACUUUGAACAUUCCAUUUGAAACACUCAAAGAUCGUCUCAGCCGACGUUGGAUUCACCCUCCUAGUGGAAGGGUAUAUAACCUGGACUUCAAUCCACCUCAUGUACAUGGGAUUGAUGACAUCACGGGUGAACCGUUAGUCCAGCAGGAGGAUGAUAAACCCGAAGCCGUGGCUGCCAGGCUAAGACAGUACAAGGAUGUGGCAAAGCCAGUCAUUGAAUUAUACAAGAGCCGAGGAGUGCUUCACCAAUUUUCUGGGACGGAGACUAACAAAAUCUGGCCCUAUGUUUACACGCUUUUCUCGAACAAGAUCACGCCUAUUCAGUCCAAAGAAGCAUACUGAGCCUGCCCAGUGGAAGAACCAGGAAAAUGUCGUUCAUUCAGUUGUAUGUGUAGUAUUUUGGUGCCGUGUCCCAAGUUAGAAGCUAGUGGGGAUAGCUUGCAGCAUCUUUUCUAGUUUAAAUGGUGAACUGAAAUGAAAACGAAUGAGUAGAAAGCAUUCCUCAAGAGGCUCCUCUCUGCCUUUCACGAGAAGGGUCACCUACACAUGUCUAAGAUGCCUCUGCACGUCUCAAGCCCUUCACAAGAAAACAAGUACAGGCUGGACUUCGAACGGCGUCUAACCCAAACUCUAGCUGAUUUCUGACCGUCACGUUGUUGCCAGAGUAGCAUUUUCACGCGUGACAGUGUUGGCCUCUGGUUCCCUCCGUCCUCUGAAGGCUGUUGAAUCAGAGCAUCAGGAGGCCUUGUCCCAAGUUCUCUGGUAUGUGCCCUUCCUGGUGACCAUGCGAUUGAAGCCAGUUGCUCUUUGUGGUUGCUUCCCUCGCUGUGAGUGACUGUCCACAAUUUAUUUUUUCUGUUAGGAGUGAUACCUUUUCUGCAUCCAUGCUCCAUAGAAUCUCUCCUUUGCAGACAUCCUGGAAUGAACGGAUUUGGCUUCCACUCUUUUUAUUAGACUGUACUUUUUUUACAUCUGUUUUCUCCCUCCCUAGGCUAUGAAGUAAUACAGAUAGUUACUGCUUUGAUCCCUCUCAGAUCCCUUUCUAAGAACUGAGAGCAAGGGGAGGCUGUCAAAUCGCUUCCUGCAGCAGGAACUGGGCUCUGCAGAGGGUCUUCUUACGCUGCUGGGCUGACUCUUCAUGGGUUGAUACUGCCCUUUUCUUUUAUUGUGAAAAAAAUCCUCAAAGUCUUAGGGAGUCUUCAAAAAAAUGGGAGAUACUUACCUACAUAAAUGUUAAAGGAUCAUAUCUUGUGUAUAGAAGUCAUAAGACCAUAUGAAAUUACUGCACUAAAAGAGUAGUUUAGCUUUUUAUUCAAGACAAAAAAAAUGUAUUUUGAAAUGCUGCUAAAUAUUGAUGCUGACAGUGUUUUUCUCCUGUGAGUGACCCAAGCAUAUUAUAAAUAGUUGGUAGAGGGAAUGGAGCCUGUGGGUUGAGGAAAAUAUUGCAUCAGCUGUGCCCAGAACUGGGUAUGACAGCUUUAUGAUUAUGGGAAAACAAAUUCUUAAAACUUUUUUUCUAUUCCAAAGAUGCUUUCUGUGGGGUGGCCAUUAAGUCUAGAAAUACAGAUAAUACAAUUUUGUCAUUCUUCGUAAUGUACAAUAAACCAUUUAUUAAAGAUUUGCCCGGUUUCCAGACUUGGUGGCCACCUAAUGUAAUUUUUGCUCUUCUCUGAGAAGGACAAUGAAACUUAUUCCUGUUGCCUUAAAAAGAAAUACCCUCUUCAUGCAUCGUGGUUGUCCCUAAAGAAGGUCCUUGCUAUUCCUGGAAGUGACUUCUGUCUAGCUCUUCAUACUGGAGAAAAAAAAAAAAAGCCUAUUUCAGCACGCCACUUGUGUUGCAGCAUGUUAUUUAUUUUCUGAAGAUGUCCCAGCAAAUCUCUAGUCAGUUCCCUGGCACAUGUGUUCUGUAUGGUAAUGAUUGCAUCUUCCUUACAAAUACUGCCCUACUCUUGCCAGUUCCUCUCCCUUUAUUCCUUCAUGUGAGUAUUCUUUGACUAUCUUAGUGGAAACAUAGACUGGUCUCCUCCUCAUUCUCUAAAUCACCUCACUAUGUUACUUUUUAGGUUUAUGCAGUGGAAAUGCCCAGUUCAGGUCUGUGACACAUCAGUGCAUGAUACAGACUUCUGAGUGCUUUAGAAGAUCCAUGUGUGAAUGCCAGUUGGUGGGAUUGGGGUGAAAAGACGUGUGGGUAAGGCUCAGGUAUCGGGGGGAACCAGGUAUAGAGAAAACAAGUCUGAAAUGAGGAAAACUGCACAAUGUAGACUAGUACUGCCAUGGAGACCAUUUCCACAAACUAGGAAUAGUAGAGAGUUAAGGUUAUUAUGUGGAUAAUUCAAGAAAGAAAAGUGUGUGCCCUUCUAGAAGCAGACACAUCUUAGCUCUUCCUUUAUUCCCUUUUUGUUUAACAGACUCCCUUUGGAGUUUUCGAGAGAGAUGUGGGAAAUGGGAAAUGGCUGGUCCCUGAUGCCAUGCUCCAGUCCUCCAUCCUUCCCUCCUCUCUUCCAGAAAAAUAGACAGUUCUAGUCAGCAUUGGAGCCCCUCAGUGUGUCAGUGGCAUUUGCUGUUUCUGAGGCAGCCCAGCAAUUGAGGGUCCUGUGCUUGGUGAGACCAAAAAAAGACAAACACCUUUUCCAUGGUCUUUGAAAGAUGAUACUUAUUUCAUGCUUAGUGGCCUAAAAAGUCUAUUUCUCAUUUCCUUAAACAAGCUCUCUAGUUUUUCUUCCAAUAAUUUUGUAAAAAAUUAAAAUCCUCUUGCAAAUAUUUUGACAAAAGCAAAGGGGACAUCUUUCCUUGGUUUUCCUUCUACUGCCACACAUAUGGUUCCUUCAGAGUUACGCAAAGAAAGUAGCCUGGGUGUCUCUAAAAUUCCUACCUGUCCUCAUAUCCUGUGAUUCUAGUCAGUUGUGAAUUCAUUUUGCUUUCCAUUAUCUG